AUGAAACCCCAACAAUCUAACAACUAUAGGACUUUCUUCAAUAUUCUUGAAGAUAAUAAUUUAUUAACUUUUAACAAUAACUGUUUCUUUAAAAGUUAUUAUAUAUUUGUAAACAGCUCUUUACCAAAAAUCAAUACUAAAUUUAAAGAAGUAGCUAUAGAAGUUGUUACUGUUACUAGACUUUCUAUUUGUAAAACCAAUUUAGUUUGUGUAGACACUUUUUAUACAAACAAAGAAGAAGACCCUCUUGAGUUUAUAAAAGCCUUUGAUUAUACAGCCAACACUAAUAAUUGGUCCUCUGAAUGCAAAAUAAAAAUAGACUCUGAUUAUCUACACAAAAUUGUCACAAGUUGGCAUGAUGAAAUAAAGGAUAACCUAGUAUAUUGGAAUAGAUAA